UAGAGUGAAGCUGGAGACGAGUUGGUGUGUACUUUGAUCGGUGGUGUAUCUUAACUUGACUCAAAUUCUCAACUUUAAUACUCAAGCUGUAGAUGAUCGUAUGGGUUUAUAUAUUGUUGUUAUCAUCGGGAGUACGAUGUAUUCAUGGUGCGUUUUUUAAAAUUUCCUAAGAUAGAUUUUUCGUGUUUUAAUAAUGGAGAAAUUACAUCGCGUACCGGAUGUUAGUAGACAUGAUUAUUAUGCGUUUGUUAAUGAACUGAAACUCUUUCAUCAAAAUAGAGGGACACCUUUUCGUCAUCUUCCUAAGAUCAAUGGCCGGGAAAUCGACUUACAAAAAUUUUAUAAUCAAGUAACUGCAUUAGGAGGAUUACAAAAAGUCAUAGAACAUCAAAAAUGGGACAGUAUAGUGGAGGUUUUGAAAUUACCUAAAGCAUGUGUAAAUUUUGCCUUAACUCUGCGUCAAAUAUAUAUCAGAUACCUCGGUCAUUAUGAAAAAAUUCACUUCAUGGGAGAAGAUCCUGAACAUGAGAAAAAUCAGUCAUCGGAAUCUCAUAAUCGAAAAUUACAGCUCACUCUCUUUCACCAAGUACCUAUGGUUUAUAACGCUGCACAACAUGAAGUGACGGAUACUGCUCGUGGAACUUCCGGCUUGAAUCAAACUUUUGUGUCUCCUACUGAUUACGAUAAACUUUGUAUGUCUCUUUUAUGUGGUCUUCCAAAUGAGCAGGAAUUGGCUCUUAAUGUUUGUACUAUUUUGUCAAAUGAAGGAAAUUACAUGCUUCAUUUGGAACAGUGUCCUAAGCUAGUAGAUCUUCUAAUUGCACAAGCUGGUAUUUGGAAUUUAGCUGAUAGUUCUUUAAAGAUGUUGUAUUUAGAAAGCUGGAAGGGCCUGAGAGGGAGGAAUGUGUAUCGAUUUUGGCGGAGUUGCUUAGACCUAAAGAAUACUCAACUUGUGCAGUUAUUGGGGUUAGAUCUUGGUACACAUGACCCUGAUGCAGAGCUUUUAAAUUUAGAAUCGGAUUUAGGUGCUCUGAAUCCUGAAGGUCAGAGAGUUUUAAGGGUGGCUCUAAUAUUGCACAAUUUAUCAUUUGAAAAGAACAAUGUUCCUGUUUUAGUUUGUAACACAAAUUUUAUAAGAUUUCUUCUUUUGUGUACACAUUCAUCUUGGUCUAAUCUUAAACAGACAGCAUUUGAUACUUUAUCUAACGUAUCUGGUCAAAUUAAACUAUCAAUUGAAAAAGACAUGUGCUCUCGCAUACUAUUCCAAACUGUGAUGGAUGGCAUUCUGUCACUUGACAGAUAUAUGAAUAUAAGGUCGAUGGAUGUUUUAUCCCAGUUGUGUAACUAUGAGCCUAAUGAGGAUAUUAUUCCAUCUCGUCUGGAUGUUGAGGUCUAUCAGAAAAUGGUAUCGUUUCUAACUGUGCAUGAUAUUAUGUUAUUGUUCUACACAUUAGAAGCCCUAUAUGCAUUAUCAGAUUUGGGAAGGUAUGCAUGUGAUAAAAUUGUUAGUGUUCAUCGGUGCAUAGGUGUUCUAGUAAGUUUGUUAACAUUAGAACCCAAUCAAUACAGUACUUCCGGACAUAUAAAAAUGAAAAUUGUUGAAACCCUAGUUCCUGUUGAAGUGGAUGAACAUGAAGUGAAAACAGAUGCAACAAGUUCUUCGGGCUUUUCUAAUGAUGUGGAUUCUGAAACAUUUGCUUCUAAUUGGCUAAAAUCGUCUUUUGAGGUUGCUCCAGGCAGUAUGGUUCCACGUAAUGAAAUCUAUGCUGAAUAUGUAAACUUCUGUGGAAAAGCUGGCCGUAAAGGUGUUGUCAACGCAGGUGUAUUUGCAAGUAUUGUAAAAAGUCUUUUCCCUCAAUGUGGUUUGAAAAGGACAGAAUCCGGCAGUGGUGUUAUAACUUUUCAUCAUGAUGGGCUGAGAAGGAGAAAAAUUAUGACUUCACAAACAGGUCCUCCUCAUUCAAAGUCUAGUAACAUUACUCCCCGAAAAGUUCCUUCAUCGUCAGCAACAUGUAAAUCUGGCCAAAAACCGACUUAUAGCCCUAUCCUUAAAGCUCAGCUUUCAGCUCCUCCUAGAAGUGGUGUUACAUCCCCGCCUCUCAAGAGACCUCAGAAUGUACCUAAUGGACGAAAAUGUGUUUCUCCUGUGCCUGCAUCAUCACAAAAUAAUCUUUCAACUGUACAAGCAUCUCCAAAUGCUCCAGGUUCUAGUACUCUAAUCAAAAGCCUUUUGGCUAACAAAGUGCAACAAAGGAACCUUCAUCGACAAGUUGUGCCUCAAAAUGUGUCAAAAAUGGUUGUUUAUUCUCCAGAUAAAGGCCCAUCACUUAGUCAGGGUGUAGUUGGUUCCUCUUCUACUACUGUUAUGAGAUGUGUCAGACCUGGAGGAUUAUCUCAAAUUAUUAGAACACCUGUUCAGGCACGUUUUGUUUCAAAUAAGAGUAGAAUUUUAUCAUCUACUGCUCCUUCACGUGUCAUUAAAUCAACUGCACUUCUUUCACCUAAAGUAGCAAAACAGAAUGUAAUGAUGACUUCAUCUACACCACGUUUAAAUGGUAUACAAAAAGAUGUUCAAAUGGAGGUUUGCAGUCAAGAUGAUGACUCUAAGAGUAACGAAGCUACUUACACUCAAGUUAUGCAGAUGAACUGCGUACAAAACCAUGUGAAUAGCGAUUCUUCUUUUGACACAAAAGAUUCUAUGUCUAUGUCUUGUGAUGGAGAUAGCAUGUUUUCUUCAAAAAGUACUGAUCUGAAUUCUGAAUCUAAUAAAAACUUCACGUUUUCACAAAUUCAAAAUAAUUCAGUGACUUGUAAGUUAACUGGAACAAACGAAUUGCCUGAAACCUCUGAGAAUCUCAUGUUAGUGAAUUCGAAACCAUCAACUGAUGGGCUUUCUCCUCCUGCUAAGGAACAACAAAAUGGAUCUAGUAUUGUUUUUGUAAAUAAUAAUUUUGUUGAAGAUUCCUCUUUAUCUUCUCAAUCUUCAGUUGAACCAAAGAUUUCAUCACCAACUAACAUUCUAAAAUCUGUUUUAAAUGACAUGAAUUCUGAAGGAGAAGAUACUUCAAAAUUGCAUAUACCACAAAAAGAUAAAAUAUCUAAGAAAGCUCCACUUUUGAAUGGACUUUUAGAUAAAGGUAAAGCAAAUGUAACUGUAGAAAUGCAGCCAAGUCCAGUAAUUCAGAAUGGCAGUAUAAGUAAUCCACAUUUUGAAAUGAAUAGUGAUGAAAUUAAAUCUUCCAUGUCUUCUGUGCAAUCUACUGCUAAUCAAUGUGUUACACCUGUAUCUGUAAAUGCUGUUGUACCUGUAUCAUUGAAUUCUAGUGUUUCACCUCCAUCAACAUCACAUUCUGUCAUACCUUCAUUGAACUCAACUAGUGCAUCAUCAUCAAACUCUGUGACAAACGCGUCUAAUCUGAACUCAUCUGUAUCAGUCAGUUCUGUAAACACGGCAGUCAUGCCAGCAACAAAUUUUAAUUCAAAUGAAGACAAUCUUGUGCAAAUUUGUUCUGGACAAACAACUUUAUCUGGUACCAUAGAAGUACAACCUGACCAAACAGGUGUUGUACGACUUCAUAUUGAGAGUCCUGAAAAUUCAAAUCAGGGUUCUGAUUUAUCGUCAAUAUCUGAUAUUACACGAACAUUAGAAUGUGCAUCACAAGCAAUAUCAAGAACAAAUACAGAAUGCAAUACACAAGUGCCUUGCUGUGGCACUUGUGAAACAACAGCAACUGUUACUGUAAUAACUACCAACACAUCAACUCUUGCAAGGACAGGUCAACAAUUUAUUGUUGUUACUCCUGCUCUGAAUCAACCACAACUACAUAUACAGUCCCCUAACAUUAAAUUUCGCAUAUUACACAGUUUACCGAGAUCAGAAGAAGCUGCUGAUCCUAUAAAUUUCCCACGUGUUAAUAUUAAUCAGAUAAGUCAUUUGAGGCAACCUACACCUGAAAGUCCCUCCAUAUCUACUGCCACUUUAAAAAGGCCGUCCAGUGAUGUAUCAUCUGUGUGUACUGCAACAGAUACAAAAAGAACUCGCAUUGAUACAAAAACUCCAUUGUUAGAAGCUACUCUUCGAUUACCCACCCCUGUGCCAUGUUCUGUUGCUCCUAGCAAUGUCACUGCUGUUGCUUCUAAUAGUGUUAGUUCUGUAGGGUCUAAUAUCAAUGGCAAAUCAUUCCAAGAUACUCAGUCCUUUCUGUUAAAAAAUUCUCAAAUUGAAAAUUUGGGUGUAUCUACACCUAAGUUGACAUCUGCGAAAGCUGUACCUGUUCAGAAUGUUGACUUUCCUAACGAAAGAGAAGUAAAAACAUUUUCAGGUUUGUCUUCAGCCAGUGAUAAUCCCUCACUAAAUACUCCUUCGCAAGUACCUCCAAGAUCUAUGACUUCUGCAAAAUUGGAAUACUUUUGUGAGUGGAAGGACUGUGGGCUUAAAUUUCCUAACCCAGGGUCAGUAUUUCUUCAUGCAAGUAAAGUCCAUACUCCAUACUGUAAUGAUGAUAUGAUUUGUCAAUGGGAAGGCUGUGAUUCUAUGAAAAGGAGAAGAUUCUCCCUAUUAACUCAUUUACAGGAUUGGCAUUGUAAUGAAAGGGUUUUGCACAUCCAAGCUUUAAGGAGAAAACAGUUAUCUCAGCAGGGCAAAACGUCCAUAGCACCGCCUCAAAUGCCACCUCCGCAUCCUGGUUAUGCACCUGAUGCUGCUUUAUUAGCUAUAAGAAGGCAUGCACUUCAAUAUAUCAAUCCUAAAGAACUUUCUGAAGAAAAAGAGAGUGCGCUUACCAAAAGUAUUCGUUUGACAAGUGCCCUCAUACUCAGAAACUUGGUUACACAUAGUUCUUUAGCAAGGACGUAUGUUCGGCGCUUUGAACCAGAAUUAGCCUACUUAGCUAUGUCUCCCGUUGAAUCUGCUCGAACAGUAGCACAGUGCCUAUCAGAAUUAUCCAGAACGCAUGACUGAAAGCUUUUGAAAAGCAGCUAUCUUCUCCUUGUGCCAUGCAGAAUCUUUCUUCUACUGAUAAUGGAAGAUCUUAGUUAAGCACUACUCAAUGUAGAUAGCCUCUUGGCAGCCAACCCAAUAUGUGAGCAUAUCAAAAGAUAUGAUGGUUGCUUGUAUGAGGCAUAGAUCGCAAACUGAUUUCGUCGCAGAGUAUUUAAAAUUUAUAUCAUUGUAUUUAAAGCAUUUCAUGUUGUAUACAAGACUCUUCUUAUAUUUUGAGUUGAGCAAGCCUGUGGGCUUUAAAAAGAAUUUUAUAUAGACGUGAAAAAAAGAUUCUUAUUGUUAAUAAAAAAGAGGUGUACAAAAUCAAAUCUUCUUUACAAAAACAGUGUUUUUAAACAUUACAAAUGUAUUCAGGACCAAGAAUCCAUGAUAUCGCAACAUAGUUGUUGAUUGUAAAAAUAGGUUCAAAGAAAAAUACCUGUUUUACAGAAGUAUUUAAUUCAUGCUAAGAUUUUAGCAUGAAGAGUUGUAUUUAAAUGAUUUUAGGUGCUGCUCUUGUACCAUGUAAAUUUGAAUUAAUACUCGCCAUCUCACAUGUAGAAUACAAGUUUCACCCUGUGAAUAUCAUCUUUAAAAUGCAGUCUUGUCAAAGAAUGAAGCCAUUGAGAAAAAAGUCUAAAUUUUGGCAUUCCACAAUAUUUGUAAUUCAAUGUUCAUUUUUAUAUUUUUUUAGCUUUGAUAUUACCCCUUACUUAUAUUUAUUGACUAUUGACAUUUUAAUUGCUAACCUAUAUUAUUGUGCCUUUUUUCUCCUAAAUAAAUAAAUUUAUAUUAUGUUGGAGAAUCGUAUCAUUUUCACUUGUCUCCCCCCCUCCCCCUCAAAAAAAUCUUAACUGGCUUCUUCAGUGGGCUUUCAUAACAAAAGUCGAAAAAAUCAUUGUACUAUUUAAAACAGUUGUUCAUGAGAAACUAUGCAUUUUAUGAUUGUCAUUUUUUAUGAAGCUGAAAGAUUUGCAGCUUGUCUGUUUUAAUGUGUAAUGUUCAAAAUAAAUGGAUACCCUUAGAAACUUGUCUUAUGUUUCCCCCCCCCCCCCUUAUAUUCUUAACAUUACAGCUUAAAAUACAUUGAGGCUACAAAUUUUUGUAAUGAAAGUAUAACCUAACGUGUUAAGUGCUUUUGAAUGUCUCUCUCUCUCUCUCUCUCUCUCUCUCUCUUUAGGUUUUUUGAGAUCAAUUAAAUGAGUAUUUCAAAAUAUCUAUUUUCUUGUAUAUCUGAAUAUUUUCCUAAGCCAAAAGUUGCAAGAUUUGAUAUCCUGUUUGCUCCAUAUAUAACUCCUUUUUCUGCUGACUGUGCUGAAUAACAACCGACUAAAAGUCACUUCAGUUGCAAAUUUACAAGGAUUUUAUUUAUUUUGUUAAAGUUCUUUAUGAUGAAGCACUUGAAAUUAAACAAUAUUGGGAGAUGUUCAGUAAUAUAAUUAACUCAAUAUAGGUCUGCUCGAAUUUCAUUUACAAAGAUAAUUUCUGUUCUAUUCUAGAAAAUGUUAGCAGUUCUCAUCAGCAUAACAUACAAUAAUUUAGUGGAUUGAUAUCACUUGAACUUUUCAAAUGAGUCAGAGAGCGUGUGAAAACAUUGUAAGCGAAAGUAAAUUCUUAAAGAGAAAAAUUUUUUGGAAGUAUUGCAGUUAACAAAAGACAAUAACUCGCCUUUUUGAAUUUUUAAUUCGAGUUUUCUUUCCAAAAUUAUUAUUUUGCAAUUCCAGGAUGCAUUGAGAUUACUGAGGAUACUAAUUAUUUGCUAUUUAAUGCAAAUUUUAUAAAUAUAGCUGAAAUAAUUUUCUUCGUAAAAAAAUUGCUGUACUUUCUUUUUCUUAAUAGAGGGAAAAAAGGGGGCAAUUUUUUCAUACUUAGUGAAAUGUCAUGAAAUUGUAUCGGAGUUUCAAAACAUUCCACUUAAUAUGAAAAUUUUCAAUUUCCGUUUUACAUUUCCUGCAGUUUUAAAUCAUUAAAAGUGCACUUGCAAAGAAAUUGUGUCAUUGAUGUUUCUUAUUAUAGCUUAUAUUUCGAUUUUAAUAAUGUGUUAACUGAAAGGUUUGGAGUUUCAUCAUUGCUCAAUUGCCUAUGAUUUAAAUUUUUUUAUUGUGAAUUUUAACUAUUUAUGUAGCAUAACAUGAGCAGUAUCGUACAUGGAUCUUCAUUAAUUAAAUGCCUUUUCUUUUUUAAUUCCCUUUAUGCACAAUUG